UUUUUUUUUUUUAAAUAUUUAUUUAUUUAUUUAUACAAGCACUGGGUACAGUCAGAAUCAUGGGAGGGUGAGAGAAUUCACCAGAGCCAGAGCGGGGAACAGAGCAGGCAGAAGGACCGAAGUACACUGCUGAGGGGAGCAGCGGGCGGCAGGAGAGGUCUGUGUGCCAUGUGGGACCCUCGCCUGGCGACUGGGGAUCGAACCUGCGCUGCAGAGGCUGCGGGGUUGCUUCGCAACCCAGCGCUCAACCGCUGCGCCACCAGGGAGGCCCCUCAAAUGCCUUCUGUCAAACAGCUUGUUGCCCACGUUAGGGCUUCAGAGAAUGAAUAGAGAACUGCACUGCCUGUUUGUCUCCCCUGCCCCUCCCUGAACCUAAGAGCCCGCCUACGUGGACACAUAGAGCUAGUGGACACCGCGUGUGUUCUGGGAUGGGGUACCUGAAGGAGUUCCGCACGGAGCAGUGUCCGCUCUUCGUGCAACACAAAUGCACGCAGCAUCGGCCCUACACCUGCUUCCACUGGCACUUUGUGAAUCAGCGACGCCGCCGGUCCAUCCGUCGUCGGGACGGCACUUUCAACUAUAGCCCCGACGUUUACUGCACCAAGUACGACGAGGCCACUGGCCUCUGCCCGGAGGGCGACGAGUGCCCGUUCCUGCACAGGACCACAGGGGACACCGAGCGCAGGUACCACCUGCGCUACUACAAAACUGGGAUCUGCAUCCACGAGACGGACUCCAAAGGCAACUGCACCAAAAACGGCCUGCACUGUGCGUUUGCCCACGGGCCCCAUGACCUCCGCUCCCCUGUCUACGACAUCAGGGAGCUCCAGGCCAUGGAGGCUUUGCAGAACGGCCAGACUACAGUCGAGGGCAGCAGCGUCGAGGGCCAGUCAGCUGGGGCCGCGAGCCAUGCCAUGAUAGAAAAAAUCCUCAGUGAGGAGCCGCGGUGGCAAGAGACCACUUACGUGCUGGGCAACUAUAAGACGGAGCCGUGCAGGAAACCCCCGAGGUUGUGCCGCCAGGGCUAUGCCUGCCCGUACUACCACAACAGCAAGGACCGACGGCGGAGCCCCCGGAAGCACAAAUACAGGUCGUCUCCGUGUCCAAACGUAAAACACGGGGAUGAGUGGGGAGACCCCGGCAAGUGUGAGAACGGGGACGCCUGCCAGUACUGCCACACCCGCACGGAGCAGCAGUUCCACCCGGAGAUCUAUAAAUCCACCAAGUGCAACGACAUGCAGCAGUCGGGCAGCUGUCCCCGCGGACCCUUCUGCGCCUUCGCCCACGUAGAACAGCCUUCCCUCAGUGACGACCUGCAGCCCUCCUCUGCCGUGUCCAGCCCCACCCAGCCGGGUCCCGUCCUGUACAUGCCGUCUGCUGCCGGAGACUCGGUGCCCGUGAGCCCCUCCAGCCCGCAUGCCCCUGACCUCAGCGCCCUCCUCUGUCGAAACAGCAGCCUAGGCAGCCCAUCUAACCUCUGUGGCUCCCCACCGGGUUCUGUCAGGAAGCCCCCCAACCUGGAAGGCAUUGUGUUUCCUGGGGAGCCCGGCCUUGCCCCCGGCAGCUAUAAGAAGGCACCCGGCUUCGAGAGGGAAGACCAGGUGGGAGCCGAGUACCUGAAAAACUUCAAAUGCCAGGCCAAAUUAAAACCCCACUCUUUAGAACCCAGGAGUCAAGAGCAGCCUCUGCUUCAACCUAAACAGGACAUGCUGGGCAUCCUCCCCGUGGGCAGCCCCCUGACCUCAAGCAUCUCUUCUAGUAUCACCUCCAGCUUGGCAGCUACUCCCCCUAGCCCAGCGGGCACCAGCAGCGUCCCUGGCAUGAAUGCAAAUGCCCUGCCCUUCUACCCCACCAGCGACACGGUAGAGUCAGUCAUAGAGUCUGCCCUCGAUGACCUGGACCUGAACGAGUUUGGGGUGGCCGCCCUGGAGAAGACUUUUGACAACAGCACAGCACCCCACCCGGGCAGCAUCACCAUCGGCGGCAGUUUGCUGCAGAGCUCUGCGCCCGUCAACAUCCCUGGCUCCUUGGGCAGCUCCGCCUCCUUCCAUUCGGCCUCCCCCUCCCCGCCUGUCAGUCUCUCCUCACAUUUCCUGCAGCAGCCGCAGGCCCACCUGAGCCAGUCAGAAAACACAUUUUUGGGGACUUCGGCAUCACACGGAUCUUUGGGUCUGAACGGGAUGAACAGCAGCAUCUGGGAGCAUUUUGCCUCUGGAAGCUUCUCCCCAGGCACUUCCCCUGCGUUCCUGUCAGGGCCAGGGGCUGCCGAGCUGGCCCGACUGCGGCAAGAGCUGGAAGAAGCCAAUGGCACCAUCAAGCAGUGGGAGGAGUCCUGGAAGCAGGCUAAGCAGGCUUGUGAUGCCUGGAAGAAGGAGGCCGAGGAGGCCGGCGAGCGGGCCAGUGUGGCCGGCGCCGAGUGUGAGCUGGCCCGGGAGCAGCGGGAUGCGCUGGAGGUUCAGGUGAAGAAGCUCCAGGAGGAGCUGGAGCGGCUGCACUCGGGCCCCGACCCGCAGGCUCUGCCCGCCUUCUCUGACCUGGAGGCCCUCUCGCUUUCCACUCUCUACUCUCUCCAGAAGCAGCUGCGGGCCCACCUGGAGCAAGUGGAUAAGGCCGUGUUCCACAUGCAGUCGGUGAAAUGCCUUAAGUGUCAGGAGCAGAACCGAGCGGUGCUGCCGUGCCAACACGCUGUGCUGUGCGAGCUCUGUGCCGAGGGCAGCGAGUGCCCCGUCUGCCAGCCGGGCCGGGCCCACGCCCUCCAGUCGUGACCCCACAGGCCCGGCCCCGGCCCGGCCCACCCUCUCACCUAGGACUUUUUAAAGUAUAUAUAUAUAUGUAUGUAUGUAUGUAUGUAUGUAUGUAUAUGUAUAUGACCCUGUAUAUGUAUACAUUUCCGUGCGCGUGCAGGUAUGCGUGGUGGCCAGUGUGUGAACAGUGUCCGUGUGUAUAUCUGUAUGUAGAUAUAGACACACACUUUAAAACAGACUUACCAAGCACUUUUUAAAAGAAGAACCUAUUUUGCAGUCCAACCCCCGCUCCCCCCACCUCCCCACAGCGGAGACAAGUCCCCUCUCCCGCCGGCCUUUUGGCAGGGAAUCUGUUUUUGUCUCUUUUUUAUGUAGGAACUAACUAUUUUUAACUUCUUCCUGGGGCCCGAGCAGGGAAGGGGGGGAAGCCCGAAGGG